GUUAAAAGAUAAUGAAAGUAUUUGUAACCAGCUGCUCCGUGACUAGUGGCUAGCGCCAACUGGUGUUCCAAAUAGCGCUUCAUUUAAUGUUUGUGUGAUGGUAAAUUCUCCUGGCCUGGGUCUUAACCAGAGCAGAGAAUUACCUGAAUUCAUUGUCUCAGUCAAUAAUAAUGAACUCGACGAUUGAGAUGAGUUAGUUGAGUGACCUCUGUUUGACAAAUAUGUUGAAGGGUUGUUGAGGCAGACUACAUCACUUACCACUACUCCACUCUGGUAGUAGUUUCUAAUUCUAAGCGCUUCUCUCUCUCUCUCUCUCUAGCAAUAAUUUUAGUGACAAAUAGCUCUUACUUUUCCCCUCAUCACUUUUUGAAACUAUCUUUGUCUCUAAUAAGCAUAGAGAUUCCCAUCGAAGAAGCUGCUCCAUAAAUCAUAAUCAUACGCUUUGCAGUCCGGAGGGUUUUAUUCACUUGUAUACACAAGGCAAGAUCUUUGUGGCACAAAGCUCUACCUUUCAAACCUCGGGUAGUUCCGGACAGGCUGUUUGAUUCAUUGGGUGAAGAGAUGAGGGGUGCUGCUCUUGUAGCCAUAGCUGCUACAGUUGGUAACUUUUUGCAGGGAUGGGAUAAUGCUACGAUUGCUGGAGCAAUUGUGUACAUCAAGAACGACCUCAAUCUGGGAACUAGCGUUGAAGGCCUCGUUGUGGCUAUGUCACUCAUAGGAGCUACAGCUAUUACAACAUGCUCUGGUGCUAUAUCAGAUUGGCUUGGUCGGCGUCCAAUGCUGAUAAUUUCUUCAAUGCUUUAUUUUGUUAGUGGUUUGGUAAUGUUGUGGUCACCUAAUGUCUAUAUUUUAUGCAUAGCCAGGCUAUUAGAUGGAUUUGGAAUUGGUUUAGCAGUUACUCUUGUCCCAGUCUACAUAUCUGAGACUGCCCCAUCAGAGAUAAGGGGAUUGUUAAAUACACUACCACAAUUCAGUGGUUCUGGGGGGAUGUUUUUAUCGUAUUGUAUGGUUUUUGGGAUGUCAUUGAUGGACUCACCUAGUUGGAGGCUGAUGCUUGGGGUUCUAUCGAUCCCUUCUCUCCUCUAUUUUGCCUUGACAGUUUUUUAUUUGCCUGAAUCUCCUCGGUGGCUUGUGAGUAAAGGAAAGAUGCUUGAGGCAAAACAAGUUCUUCAGAGAUUACGUGGCAGGGAAGAUGUUUCAGGUGAGAUGGCUUUGCUGGUUGAGGGCCUUGGCAUUGGAGGUGAAACUUCUAUAGAGGAGUACAUAAUAGGUCCAGCUGAUGAACUUGCUGAUAGUCAGGAACCUACUGCUGAUAAAGAAAAAAUCAGAUUAUAUGGACCUGAAGAGGGCCUGUCUUGGGUUGCCAGACCUGUCACUGGACGAAGCAUUCUUGGCCUUGCUUCUCGCCAGGGAAGCAUGGUGAACCAAAGUGUACCCCUUAUGGACCCCCUUGUGACGUUAUUUGGCAGUGUGCAUGAAAAGCUUCCUGAGACAGGGAGCAUGCGUAGUAUGCUUUUUCCGAAUUUUGGAAGCAUGUUUAGUACAGCAGAGCCUCAUGUAAAAAAUGAGCAUUGGGAUGAGGAGAGCUUGCAGAGAGAAGGUGAGGACUAUGUAUCAGAUGCUGGAGGGGGGGACUCUGAUGACAAUUUGCAUAGCCCGUUGAUCUCACGUCAGACAACAAGCUUGGAAAAGGACAUGGUUCCCCCUGCUUCCCAUGGCAGUGUUCUAAGCAUGAGACGCCAUAGCACUCUUGUUCAAGAUGCUGGAGAAUCAGUUGGUGGUACAGGAAUUGGAGGUGGUUGGCAGUUGGCUUGGAAAUGGUCUGAGCGAGAAGGUGAGGAUGGAAAGAAGGAAGGAGGGUUUAAAAGGAUUUAUCUGCACCAGGAGGGAGUCCCUGGAUCUCGACGUGGGUCUCUUGUAUCACUUCCUGGUAAUGAUAUGACUGCAGAAGGUGAGUUUAUCCAGGCUGCUGCUCUAGUAAGCCAGCCUGCUCUUUAUUCCAAGGAGCUUUUGGAUCAGAGUCCUGUUGGACCAGCAAUGGUUCAUCCAUCUGAAACUGCUUCAAAAGGACCAGUUUGGGCUGCUCUUCUUGACCCUGGAGUGAAGCGUGCGUUGUUAGUUGGGAUUGGGAUUCAGAUACUUCAGCAGUUCUCUGGCAUAAAUGGAGUUCUCUAUUACACUCCUCAAAUUCUUGAAGAGGCAGGCGUUGAAGUGCUUCUUUCAAGCUUGGGCCUUAGUUCAGAUUCCGCGUCAUUUCUUAUUAGUGCAUUCACAACCUUGCUGAUGCUCCCCUGUAUAGCUGUAGCCAUGAAGCUGAUGGAUGUAUCAGGCAGAAGGCGGCUGCUCCUCACCACAAUUCCUGUGCUUAUAGUGUCACUAAUCAUUCUAGUUUUUAGCGAAAUUGUGGAUAUGGGCUCGGUAGUAAAUGCUGCUAUCUCAACUGCAUGUGUUAUUAUCUACUUCUGUUGCUUUGUCAUGGGGUAUGGACCAAUUCCAAAUAUCCUUUGCUCUGAGAUCUUUCCAACAAGGGUCCGUGGCCUUUGUAUUGCCAUCUGUGCUUUGGUUUACUGGAUUGGAGAUAUCAUUAUUACCUACACUCUGCCUGUGAUGCUCAGUUCUAUAGGCCUUGCCGGCAUCUUUGGAAUUUAUGCUGUUGUAUGUCUCAUCUCUUGGGUCUUUGUCUUCUUGAAAGUCCCGGAGACCAAAGGCAUGCCACUUGAAGUCAUUACUGAGUUCUUUGCUGUUGGUGCAAGACAGGCCACUGCUACCAAGAAUGAGUAACUCACUGCUUUAAACGGUGACAAUACCUCUGUAAGCUUUCAUCCAACUGAGAUUUUUGUGCAUUCUUGUUGCAUUGAAAAUGAGGGAUUAAAAUGAUUUUUUGUUUCCUUUUCAAUUGAGUUAUAGUAAUACCAAUUUAAUAAAGAGCAUGGUGGAGAUGGAUGUUUCAUGACAGCUGUUCUUGAUCAGUAGGAAUAGACUUGAGUAGCUACUCUCAAGCGAGUACAGAGGUGUCAAAAUUUCUUGUUUGGAAGUAGUCUUAGAAAUUGUAAUGCCUUGUAAUUUAGUAAAAGUUCCUUUCAAAGAUGUUAGAAGCAAAAUACCAGUUUUUCUUCAGAUUGUUAUAAGUUAAACUUUCGGCCCCUUCUACCUCUUCUGAGAAGCAAGGCAAUGGGAGCUUGGACUGAGGAGAAACAAUGGGAGAAAAGGGAGGAAAGAUCAAAUCAGCGGCAUUCCUUCUUCCAAUCUAUCUGAAGGGCGGCCCAUUAAAUAGAUGUAGGUCUCAUGGCUAUA